AUGAUCCACCGAAAGGAUAUGUCGUCGCCGAUGCAUAAAACAUCAUCGUGGAUGGAUAAUGCUGACUUGCCAUCGUCGCCAGAGAAGAGUCAGUCGCUCCAAGUCUUGCCAUCAACCCCCCAUCCCCCAUCCCAAAACCUGCCAGUCGCGGUCGAUAUCGACGACUCGCUGUCCGAUCGCGUCGACAAAGCUCGCGUAGAGAUUAUUGCUCACACAUGA